AUGGAGGAGAAACGCGACGUUCCGAUCGAAUUCCGCUUGGACGCGCUGGAAGAAGAGCUCUUCCGCCUCCACGAGGACGUUCUGGAAGCAGAAAAUGUUUCUUGGUUACCGAGAGGGCAUCACGCGCAACAACUGCUUUCGGAAUACAACAAUGGGUUCGGGAUGAUGAUGAUGAUGAUGAUGCAACAACGAGAACAACAACAAAAACGUAAACGAGAUGACGAUGGAGGAGAUUUGAAGGAUGACGACGAUGCUUCUCAUCAUCAUCAUCGCAGUAGACAUGGUCGAGAGAAGGAGAGUAAUGGGAGGAAUUUUUAUCAUCAUCGCGGAGAAGGAGGAGCGGCGACGUUGGCGUUGCAACGUGCGCCGUACACGCUCGCGGAAGCGCACGGCGUCGACGAGAUGGAGAAGAAAGCCUCGGCGAGAAGUAGUCAACCUUCGUCUUCUUUUCCAGCUAAGAAGAAGAGCGGGGGUAGUUUUAAGAGUAAAAAGAAGAGUUUCGGGAGCUUUGGCAACUUGGCCGGCGCGGCGGGCGGCGGGAAAAGUUUUCAAGGAGGAGGAGGGAAGAAGAAGAGCGCUUUGAAGCAACACAAAGGAGGCGCGCCGACGAUGCUGACGAAAACGAAGACGUCCUCGUGGUGGAGGUGGGCGGAGGAAGUGUUUCGGAGGGUCGGAGCGAACGAUGUGGCGAGAGUGUUGCCGACGAAGAACUGGAGAGACGACCAGGCGUUGAAGAUACCGCCAAUUGGGAAUAGGAACGGGAUGAUGAUUUUUGACUACGACAAUGGCAACAACAACGAGGAGGGGGUGAGCGAAGAGGAACGGUUGAGGAGAGCGGCGGCAGGAGCCGCGGCGACGACGAGUGGCCAACAACUCCCACUCCAACACCAGCAAGCGCCGGCGCUGGGUGCGGCGCCUUUACUGCUUUUACAGUCGCCUUUUGACGCGUUCAAACCGCUAGGGGAAGAAGCGACGAGAGCGACGCAGUCGUUUGACUGUUUGCAAAGCGACGAAAUUCGAGAGUUGUGUUUUGCGUUUUUAGCCAUGUCGAGAGAAAUAGGAAGUUUGUUGCGGAAAGAAAGCGACGACGAAGAAGACGACGAAGAUGACGAUGAAGAUAAAGAGGACGAGGACAUCGCCGCGUCGUUUUUGGAAGAUAUUUUCAACGGCGACAAACAAGCGCGCGAUAGAUGGAUGAAAGCGCCCGCAAAGAAAGUCGCCUCGAGGAGUAGCUCGAGGACAAAGUUAGCGUUAGCCGCGCAAGAAGAGGAGAAGGAGCUGACCGAGGACGAUUUAAUCGUCAUGCGUGCGCGGAUAUGGUUAUCGGAGAUUGUGGUAAAAAUUGUCGAAAGACGAAAACAAGCCAUCGAGAACCACGGGAGGAAAUUUGAUAAAGAUGUGGUCGUGGUGAAGGAUACGAACAACGCGGGUGUUGGGUACGGAGCUAAUGCGAAGUUGAUGGGCGCGACCGUAACGAAGAAACGCAAAGGCACGGCUGCGAAGAAAGGCAAGAAGAGCGCGUGGACGACGAAAGCGAAACAAUUGAAGCAACAAGAAGAAGAAAAACAGCAACAAGAACAACUGUUGCUUCUGCAACAACAAGAAGCGCAAAUAAAGUUGGAGGAAGCGGAGAAAGCGAAUGCGCGUGGGAUGAGUGGAUCUUCUUUCAUGGAAACGAAAGAAGAAAUACUCGCAAAGAAGGUACAACUCGAGAAUCGCAUUCGGGCGACGUUUGGCGCAUCCGGCGAUCACGACGCGGUGGAGCGCAUAGCUCUGGGCGAAGCCGCGCACCCGCACACUCUGCAACUCAUGCAAACGGCAUUCACAACGCCCGAGUUUACCGCAACCAUAGAAAAGGAAGAAGAGACGCCCUCGAGACAACGAAAGAUACCGGCGGGAAGAAGAGGAGCUAAAGGAAAUAAGAGCGCGUCGAAGAGAGCGAAAGCGUGCGCUUUGUGCGAAAAAGGCUCGGAUCACGCCAAGGCAACUUGUGGGACGGAUGAGGCGCAGUUUCGGUGUGAGAAGUUGCGCGAACGCAUCAAAGAUGAAAUUAUGGAGAAGAAGCGGAAGGCAGAAGAGGCGCUCGAGGAUGUCGCAGCGGAAUGCGCGGAAGAAAUGAAAGAGAAAAAGUCCGCCUCGAAAACGAAGAAGCGGAAGAACGAGAAAACGCCGGCGCGAAAAGGAAGGAGUCACGAAGAGACGACGACGCCGAAAGUCAACAAAACCCUCAAAUCACCAUUCUCGCCCGAUACCAACGGUAAAGUCAAGUUUCCGUCUUUAGCCGUCGUUCCGAUGCAAAGAUACGGAGGUGAUGAUGAAGAUAAAAGCAAAAGCGACGAAGAGGACGAUCCGACGGCUAAAGAUGCGAAGGACGAGUUGAAGCGUUUACAAAAGUAUUUUUCAAACAACCCAGAGUUGGUUUCGUGCGCUCCGUGCGAUGACGUCGAGAACGAGUUGCUCACGUGCCAAUACGAGCUUCUGUAUCAAAUCAACGCCAAUCGAUCAAACUUGACGAAAUUCUUCCAAGAAAUUACCGGCAAGAUUGAAGAAGAGGCGACGUGGUUUGAGAACAGAUACGUUGGCAUCAGCGAAGCGAAUGCGUUCGUCAACACCAUCCGCGAAGCACGGAGGAAGGAAAAGAGGGAGAAGCGCGCGAGAGAUCAACAGCAAGCGUUUGAAAAAGCCGCCGCAGCAGCGGAAGAGUCCAAACGCCAAGCGUUUCGCCGCCAUCUCGGGGAACAGGUUGCGGCAGCGACCGGUAAUCCGGACGUGAAUCCGGAUCAACUCGUGAUUCCUGAAAUGCCGGAUGAAUCGGCGAACGUUUCUCGCCCGCGGCGCGGCGUCGCUUUGGCCAACGCCGCGUUACAAGUGUUAGGAUUGAGAGGUAAAGUUGCCGGCUUCUUCGGAACGAGUCCGAAAGCGAACGCGUUGGAGUCGAAACAGUCUUCGUUUACGGAGCGAUCGUUAGAUAAGAACGCCGAUCAUCAAAAUAACAAAGGUAUUGCUAUCGGAACCGUCGACGCGAGAAAUUUGUUCCAACUUCUCGAUCCUUUACACGCCUCUACGAGUCGAACUGUUUUGGACGUGUGCAACGUCUGCGCGAACUCGUGUUGUCCCGCGAAAGUAGUCAAGGAUAAAACAAUCUACCGGUGUCUCGGAUGCGACGUUACGGUGCACGACGAGUGUUACGGUGUUUUAUCCGAGAAGAACGAAAAGCACAAAUCUUUCGUCUGCGACGUGUGUGCGCACAAUCACGGGAGCGGCUACGGAUCUUGGCCGGAUGCGCAAAAACGCACGGCACAUUCGCCUUUGUUAACUUCCGCCGACGAGAAAUUACGAGCACAGGGGAAAAGCGUUUCGUGUAUUUUGUGUCCCGCGAAACUUGGCGCCAUGAAGAAAGCAUCCCUCACGCUUCCAGUUUCGCAGAGAGCCAAUCAACAGAAUUCGACAACGACGGCGUGGGUCCACGUGUCGUGCGCGGAAUUAGUCCGAGGCGCGACGACGAACCCGUUCGCCGAUUCCGUAGAGAUUAAUCCAACCGUUUUUGGUGGAACUAUUCACUUCUCCGGAACGCCGACCAAUAGAGCCGCCGCUCAAACUGUCGCUGUCGCGCAACCGCCGCAAAUCGAUACGCCUAUCCUGUCAAAUUCGUGCACGCUUUGUUAUUCGCGAAGAGGCGGAUGCGCUGCGACGUGCGCGUUUGGUAGUUGUCGCGCGCGGUUCCACUUGUGCUGCGCGAGAGCUGCUGGUUGGCACGCCCGUUUCUCCGACGGCAGCACUUCUUCCAAAAGACAACCGAGGGCGUAUUGCGACCGGCACUCGCCCAUCCAAAGAGAAAAAGACGAAAGCAAAGGCGUCCAAGUUGCCAAGUUGUCGCUCACGGAUAACGAAAAUGAGGUCAUGGUUCAAACCGUUCGCGCGUCUGCGGAUGGGAAACGCGGGAAAGUUUCCAUGCUUAGCGCGUUGAGAGCUAUGCAGAGAUCCAUGCGUCUCGAAUGCGAAUCUGCUCACAAUCAAGGCGGCGGCGGUGUUGUUACCGCCAACGCUCUCGGUCUCGGCGUCGGAACCACCUCCAACUCCGCCGGAUUACUCCAACACCAGAGCAGCUACAGCAGCGACGCAUCUUUCCUCGACGGUAUCCUCCCAAACAAACUCCCCCCGACGUCAAACCCGGACUUAUCCCACCCGGGAUCAAACGGCGGGACUCCCAAAAAAGCGCGAUCCACCGCGUACGCUCGAGGCGCGAGUCGAGGUAAACGCGGCUCCGUCCGCGCGUCCAGAAAUGGAAGUCGAGCUCCAGCUACCGCGCUCAUGAGUGACGAAGAAGCAAUUCGGGCGAACAGCACGUUGCCGGAAGGUUGGGCGUACGUUCCGAGAGAGACUUUAGAUAAGUAG